ACCGACAUUCUGUCGCAUUCGACAGCCCGACACAGCCGUAGCGCGUGUACGUGUACGCGGAAUACGGUGUAGCAACACACAUAUAUACACACACUCUCUCUCGUGAUAUCCAAUCCAUUCGCUUCCCGUGUCGAGCACGAGAGCACCGUUCCACGAGAGAGCCUGUCAAUGAUCUCGAGACGAUGAUGAGGAUUCGCACACGCGUGCACGCCGCUCCGAACACGAUAAUCGCGCUUCCAGCCUCGUAAAUCGCUGUGUAAUCCGCACCUGCCUCGUUAUGUGAGGACGCGACCAUGGAAUGAUACAGAGGCCCCCCCCCCUUCCUCCUGAGAUCUCUGAGGCACAACUUAGGUCGACUGGUUAUGGUGCGUCCUAUUCUCCGGCGAGUAUCAUAGCUCUGAAGGCCUACGAUGAUGGAGCGGAACGGCGCCAGAGAGAUGGAGGAGCGUAGGUGUAUUCGGGACACCGGGAGGACCUUGAAGAAGUACGGGAGCACGGCCAAACACAUGACACGAACCGAGAGCUUGGUGAAGCAUAUAGUGUCCAGCACGGAUACUCUGCAAGGAAUCGCUCUCAAGUACGGUGUUACGACGGAACAAAUAAGGAGGGUCAAUCGAUUAUGGGCGUCGGAUAGUUUAUUUUUACGCGAACACCUGCUUAUACCUGUGAGCGCCGACAGUCCUGCCUCUGCGUGCAACGACGAGCCGGCGGUAGCUUCUGAGGAACACGACGUACCUCCGAAUAUAUCUAGUCCUUCUUCGAUAUCAUCGUCCAUCGACGAUGAGAGCUCGGUUAAUGAUUUCUUAGCUAAGAUGGACAGCUCGAUAGCCAGCGUCAAGAGAGAGGUCAAGCGUGCUCAAGGGAACAGUGAAUUCUGUGCCGACAGCAAUGACGCUUACGUACAACGACGUCGCGCGUCCGCUAAGCUACGAAACUCGCAUCCCGGCGCCACGUCGAACAGCCCUUCUGACCCCGGUAGGCCCGCGUCCUCUGGUGAUAUGCAUAACUUCCCGACCGCCGUGGUUAUGACGCAAGGAAGGAAAGUGAAGACUUCCUUACAAAGACUCGAGCAGCAGCAGGACGAGAUGUUCCAGUUGUAGCGAUUGUGAGCAUUACGGGAUUGUAAUAAGUACGCUGGGUGUCUCGACUGUUAUUAAGAAGCUUGUAGGAAAGGAUGUACUGUAUAUCAAUGCGAAUAGGAGGUCGUUUCUCACGCCCGACAUUUGGUUGGUUGGUCCAGUGUGUGAUUUAAUUGUAAAUCGCGUCGCCCUUACCUGACUUUCGCUGUGUUGAACGAUCGAGCCCCUCAAGGCCGAUCCGAAUGUUACAUUUGAUGUAACGCUUGCACUCGUGUUACAGUAUCUCGACUUUUCAUUCGUCGUGUAAUUAAUAUCGUGGAGAGAGAGAGAGAGAGAGAGAGAAAGAGAGAGAGAGAGAGAGAGAGAGCGGAUCAACUAACUUUUAUACUAUUUGAACGUAGUGCUGAACUGUUUUCAUAAUGUUGCUUAGCGAACCAAUACGUGCCUUGGACACGAGUCUGUGUUGUGUGAGGUUUCUCUCGAUGCUCUCCGUUUCUGUCUGAUCAAUUUUACGCGAAGAUCGACGUUUACGGGUACUUUCCUUCGAUUUUUUCUUCUUUUUCAUCUUGUUCAAUCACGGUGAUGAACCAACUAUGAAUUCGACAGAAGUCGGAAACUUUGGCAAUAUUAGGAAAAAGUAACUAUCGAUGGGUAAUACUACAGUAAUCAAUGAAAUGUAGUAUCGACAUUUUUAACGUUAUUACUUAAAUGAAUUGUUAUGUUUGUUGUAUAACAAUAAGGUGGUCAAUUUGUCUCUUAAGUUGAUUGAAUUGUUUUGAAUCGUUACUACGAAGGUACUUAAUAUUCUUUUGCCACAGUGGCGGAAGAAAAUGUACGCCAUUGCUCGUAUGAUAUUUUUGUAAUAUUACAUAUACGUAUAUAUCAUUUGCAAAAUUUCCAAAGUAGAUUACUACGAAUAAAAGGAUUAAGGAACAGAGCGGCUUAGUCUCUUCAAUGUUGAUCUUUAAUUGAGCAUCCUUCUAUACAUGCGUCUUUAUGUGAGCAUUUAUUUUUUACACCCAGUGUUAUAAGUUUAGAGAAUAAAAAGAUAAGUUUUUAAUUAAAACAUUUGCGUAAAAAUGUAAGAAAUAUAAAAAUCUUUCAAUAUUGUGAAUAUUAAAGAUUUCUCUUAUCCAAAUUUAUUACAGAUUAUAUAAUUUACGAAACAGUAAGAAAAUUAGUAGUAAAUUUUUGUAAUAUACACUUCCAUCUAAACUUGAUAUACAUUGUACAUCAUAUGUAUUGUUUAGAGUUUUGUACAUAAAUCUCUAUCCCGACAUCUUGUAUUUUACAUUGUACAUAUAUAGUUCAUAGAAAAUA